AGUUGGAGGCUGGGAACCUGGGGCGCUGGGGCUGGCCGGGGGACUCCCCGGCCUUCUGGGCGGUGGCAGGCGGGAAGUCGGGAUGCCUGUGUUUUGGGGCACCUCGCUCCGUUUGGGGUUUACCCAGCGCAGGCAGAGCGGAGCCCAUGGAGCCGCUCGGGGGGCCUGCGGGAACAAGGCUUUCCCGUCGGGCGGAGCCCGCGGGCGAAUGCGGAGGUUUUUUUGUGGAGCCUUAGUCGUCGGCCCCCUCGGAACCAGGAGGAGAGAUUAAGUGGUUUUUUUUGUUGUUGUUGCCGUUGUUUUUUUUUUUUUUUUUUUUUUUUUGAGUACAUGCUCUAUUAUUAUUUUCACUGGUUAAGGAUUUGCUGAUUGUCCCUGGGGUUCCUGGAGUGCCCCCAAGGGCAGGGGAGUGGUUAGUGUUUUGGGUUCCGUUUGCACUUGCUGAGUUUAGUGUCGGCAUAGAUGGCAAGUCUAGUCAUUGGAUCGCCCUCCGCUUCCUCUGCCCUUAACGUGAUAUGACACUGUGAUUUAUAAAGUAUCUGCAUUUCCUAAGUCUCUGGCUCUUGGUGACUUUAGAUAGGACUUCCAAGUUUCCCCUUUGAGCUUUCACGGUGUUUUUUAAAGGACCUUAAAUGGAGUCACAGCAUAUUACAAUUAUCUGUCUUAUAAUUAAACUUACAAGCAGUAAGUGUAGUCUGGCCUACAUUUAUUCAUUUUGGAUUUCUUGCCCACCGAGAGACUACACAGUGCCUAUCAUGUGACAGUGGCAUGGCUGUGCCCCAGGCUUUCCCACUGGGGCCCCUCCACGAACCUGCAGGCGCCCUUAUGGAGCCCCAGCCCUCCCCUCGAAGUUUGGCUGAGGGCUUCCUGGAGGAGGAGCUCCGGCUUAAUGGUGAGCUGAAGCAACUACAGUUUUCCGAGCCUGUGGGCCUCAUCUACAAUCCUGUGGAGUACGCCUGGGAGCCACAUCGCAGCUACGUCACCCGCUACUGCCAGGGCCCCAAGCAAGUGCUCUUCUUGGGCAUGAACCCAGGACCCUUUGGCAUGGCCCAGACUGGGGUGCCCUUUGGGGAAGUGAGUAUGGUCCGGGACUGGUUAGGCAUCGGGGGCUCUGUGCUGACCCCUCCCCAAGAGCACCCCAAGCGACCAGUGCUGGGACUGGAGUGCCCUCAGUCCGAGGUAAGUGGUGCCCGGUUCUGGGGCUUUUUCCGGAACCUCUGUGGACAGCCCGAGGUCUUCUUCCGUCACUGUUUCGUCCACAACCUGUGUCCUCUGCUCCUCCUGGCCCCCAGUGGGCGCAAUCUCACCCCUGCCGAACUGCCGGCCAAGCAGCGAGAACAGCUCCUCGGGGUGUGUGACGCAGCGCUUUGCCGGCAGGUGCAGCUGCUGGGGGUGCGGCUGGUGGUGGGCGUGGGGCGCGUGGCCGAGCAGCGGGCACGGCGGGCUCUGGCCGGCCUGAUGCCUGAGGUCCAGGUGGAGGGGCUCCUGCACCCCUCCCCUCGUAGCCCACAGGCCAACAAGGGCUGGGAGGCAGUGGCCAAGGAGAGACUGAAUGAGCUGGGGCUGCUGCCGCUGCUGACGAAAUGAGUGCCCCUGCUGCCGGCACAGGACGCGUUCAAGACCCCCAGGGUCGUUCUGGACAAGCAGAUGACCACGCGCCUCCUGGACCGGAGCGACAAAGUUCCCCUCCGCUCCCUGGUUGCUGUGACCUGCCACGGCAGUUGCGACACUACUCCUGCUCGCCCUCCCGAUUUCCUGCUCACUUCACCUUCCUCCGAGCGUGGCCUCUGGUCUGUGGGUCCCAGCGCCACCGAGGGCCGGCGCCCACAAGCUGCUCUACCUACCUGUUGCCCUGGGGGCUGCUCUUUGGUGGAGAGUGACCUCAACAGUGACUUCUGAGGUCAUAUUUUCAGUUGUAGAGAAAAGUUCUUGCCCAGAUCCCCACUCAUCCUUCAGCUCACCCCUUCGCUCACAGGGACCAGGAGAAAGCAUGAGCCAUGGAUGCUAAGGGUGAACUUCUGAUGGGAGACUGAGGCCAGGUCAGGGAGAGAGAAUUCAGUGUGGCAGCACGGGAGGGACCAGAAGACCUGGAUCUCCACCCAGCCUUAAGACUUGUGAACCCCGUGACUGUAGAUGAGUUGACCGACCUCUCCAAGCCUCAGGAGCCUCUGUAAAUUAGGGUUCCUGCCUCCUGGGGCUGGUGUGGAAAUUCACUGAGAUAACACUUACAAGUGCCUUGCACAGUGCCUGGCGCACGGGUGCUCAUCCCACCUCCCCUGGCUCUCGCCUUUGGGUGGGGAAGGCACCGCGCUACACUACACGGGGAGCCCCUCUGCUCCCAAGGCCGGGGUGGGCCUGAGUGAGGGGCAGAUUCUUGCCCCGCCAGAGCUGGACCAAUGACUUUAUGAAAAACCCAGCCUGUGAUUUUUUCAAUCUAAGCAUUAAAAGCCCCUAAACCCUUGUGUGUGGGCCCUUUUUUCCCUCCUGUGCGUCAGCAAUUGGAAGGUGGUAGUUCACAUGUUCCCCUCUUAGCUUCUUCCCUGUUUGCAGAGAAGGGUCCUCUUGGGUAGCUGGGGAAUGGUGGGAACAGUCUCUCAUCGUCUGAGCAAAGCUGCAGGGUCUCUGUGAGGGGCCUGUCCGGUGGUUUGCGUGCUGCUCAGGGCACUGUGGAGAGUAGGGCGCCGGUAGAUGGGAGCCUGGCCUUUCCAGCUAACUCGGUUCUUCUGUCUGCCGAAUGGCUGGGUGGUGCAUCCCUUUAGCAAAGGCUGGGGAAGUGAAUCCACAGGAGAGCAGAGACCACCCUAAUAAGGAACAUAUGGGACAGGUCAUCUCCAGCUCUCAAAAUGUGUAAGAUUUUUAGUCUAAGUGUUCCCUCUCCCGUUGUAUAAUAAUUUGAGGGGCCUUUGUCCUUGGUUCUUGGGAGGGAACCUCUAAAUCCUCAGGAUUUCCCAAGGGAUAGGAGUUUCUUACUCAUGGUGGGACCCUUGGACCACACUUGCCUUUAUGCUGAAAUUUGACUCAGGAGGGCUGACCAUGCCUGAAAGACCAGCCAGGUGAUAUCAGCCUGACCUUCACGGGGGUGGGGGGCAGUCUGGAGAUUGAAUUCAAGCAUGUGGUCGGUGAUUUCAAUCAGUUAUGCCUCGAUAAUGAAACCCUAAUAAAAACUCUGGAGGAGUUCCCGUCGUGGCUCAGCAGUUAAUGAAUCUGACUAGCAUCCAUGAGGACGCACGUUCAAUCCCUGGCUUUGCUCAGUGGGUUAAGGAUCUGGCAUUACCAUGAUCUGUGGUGUAGGUCACAGAUGCAGCUUGGAUCCUGCGUUGCUGUGGCUGUGGUGUAGGCCAGUGGCUUACAGCUCCGAUUCGACCUCUGGGAACCUGGGAACCUCCAUGUGCUGCAGGUGUGGCUCUUUUAAAAGAGAAAAAAAAAAAAAACAAAAACAAAACCAUAAAAACACAACUCUGGACAUGGAGUCUUUGCGAGCUUCCUCUUCAGUGAACACAUGAAAGUGUCAGGAGGGUGAUGUUUCCUGAUUCCAUGGGGAAAGGGCAUGGAAACUGGGUCCCACCCUUCUCAGAUCUUGUAUUAUAUGUCUCUUCAUUUGGCUGAUUCUGAUUUGUAUCCUUUAUAAUAAAACUAAUUGCAAGUGGAG